AUGAGCAACAACUCAGACUCGCCCGUUGUUCUGAUCACUGGCGCCAAUUCAUAUCGCGCUCACACGCUGCUCUUUGUCUUGUUGUGCUCGCUUGUUGGCUGCGUCGGUCUCGCGCUCGCCAAGCGUCUCGUUGCUGACUUUGACGGCCACAUUACGCUCGUCCUGGGCUGCCGCAACCCUGCCAGGGCGACCCAAGCGAGGGAUGCCGUGCUGCUCGCCAGCGACGCCACUCCCGCUUCACCAUCCUCGUCCUCGUCCUCGUCCUCGUCGUCUUUGCGCGGCCGCCCCGUCGUCGAGCUCCUCCAGAUCGACGUCGCAAGCCCGCAGUCUAUUCUCCAAGCAAGCCGCGAGUUCCAAGCAAGAUUCAAGCGCCUCGACUUGCUCUACCUGAACGCUGGCGUCAUGCCCGUGAACGGCAUCAAUUGGGGCAACUUUAUCGCGUCGCCAACUGUGCUGGCGCGUCGAUUCGUCACUGGCGAAGGCUUCUUGAAGCAGAGCAACUUUGACACAGCGGAUGGUCUUGCGGGUGUGUUUGCAUCCAACGUCCUUGGCCACUUUAUGCUUGCGCAAGAGCUGCUGCCAGUCCUGUCCAAGCAACCCAGCGCAAAGAUUGUAUGGACGUCCAGCGACGCUGCCAACCCGCGCUCCCUCGUGCUUUCCGACAUUCAGCAUCGCAAGGGUGUCGACCCGUAUGGAGCUUCUAAAGCCGCAAUCGAUCUCGCCAGUCUGGGCAUCAAUCGCAAGCUUGCUCGUCAAAGCGCUGGCGUCAACGCUGGCGUCACUUCUUUUGUGACGUGCCCCGGCCUGGUUACGACCCAGAUGACUGAGAGUUUCUUGCAUCCGAUCGUCUGGACCCUUCUCAUCCCAAUCUUGUUUUUGCUGCGCUCAAUCCUGCACAACCUGACAACUGUGCCAUUCAACGGAGCUGAGGCCCUGGUGUGGCUGUCCCACCAGAGCUCUGCGUCGCUGCCCCCGCAGACCGAGCAGCCCAUCAAGUUCAAGAGCCGUUUCACCAUCACAGGACGUCGCUAUGUCGAGUUUGAAAAGCUAAAGCUGGAUGGUUCUCAGGCAGAUCAAAUGUUUGACCAGCUGCAGACUUUGGCGACAACUUUCAAACAAGGCCGCCCCGCCUCUGCGAACAAGGCUUGAGAUUUUGAGAUGUUGCUUUGGCGUGCAUAUGAUUAAACAAAGGUUGCUGCAUUUCUAG